AUGUCAAAAUACACCUUUACCGAAUAUAAAAAACUGAAUAUCAUUUUCAGGUUGGAUGUUUUCCCAUUCAUUACCAUAUACUUAGCUCUGAUUUCAAUCCUAAUUGGAGAAAUCUUCAAAUUAAGUGAGAAAAUUUCCUAUAAAGAUAUUUUUGAUUCAUUCAUUUAUUUAGUGAAUUUUAUUCAAAAUAUUAAUAGUUUGAAUACAACAGUAGUGGUACCAAAUGAACAAGUUUUAAAUAAUUCAGAAUUGGACGAUAUGAAUAUAAGCGAGGAAUUACAACUUAUUAUUGAUAAUGUUCCAAUUAGAUAUUUGAUUGCACUAUUUGUCACAAUUUUGAUUAACUUAUUAACUUUUCUUAUGACUCAAUGGAAUUUAAACUUUAAAAGUAUUAUUUCUUUCAACAAAAUUAAAAAGAAAUCACAUCAAUCUUCAAGCUUGAAUCCAAAAACUACCCAUAUUAUGGUAAAAAGUUCCAAAUACCCAAGUGAACUUUGUCCUUUAAAAUAUUCUACAUGUAUAGAACAUGUUGGAAAACUUAAAGACUUUAAUGCUUUAACAAAAAUUAAAUCAUGUUCUAUUAUAAAUAUGAAUGGAUCUUUUAUAAUGCAAUUAGAUGCAGCUGAUUACUAUAAGUAUAAAUUGGAGCUUGAAAAAAUUCUAUUAAAAAAUAAUAAUCACCAAGCUUUAAAUACUGAUAAGGCCAAUUUAAAUAAAUCAUCCAAUUCUUCUUCAAAUAUACAUUGGAUUAAAUUAAUUAACUUUGAAAAGAAAAUAUUUAUAUAUGAUCAAUCAAAAGAAACUUUUGUUAAAGCUAGUUAUCCUAUUAAUCUCCCAAUUAAAUCAUAUUUUAAUAAAUUUACUCAUGAAGGAGGAUUGAAUAUGAAUCAGAUUAUAUAUCAUAAUAAUAUAUAUGGAAUUAAUAACUAUGAAAUACCCAGAGAAAAAUUUCUUGAUUUAUUUAUUCAACAAAUUAUAUCUCCUUUCUUCUUAUUUCAAAUUUUCUGUAUAUUACUUUGGAUUCUUGAUGAAUAUUGGCAAAUGAGUUUAUUUACUUUAUUUAUGUUAUGUACUUUAGAAGCUCAAAUGGUAUUUAGAAGAUUAAAAGAGUCUGAUGAACUUAGAAAUAUGAGAAGACCAUCAUGUUUUAUUUUUGUAUAUAGGGAGCAUACUUGGAAAUACAUUAAUACUGAUCAUUUAUUACCUGGAGAUAUUAUUGCUAUUUCUUGUUGCAAUAACUCUCAUCCUUCCAAAACUAUUAAUGAAGAAGAAAACAGUCAAGAUGAUGCAACUUCUAUUGCUCCUUGUGAUUUUGUAUUAUUAUCUGGUAGUAUUACUGUUAAUGAAGCAAUGCUUACUGGUGAAUGUACUCCAAAAAUGAAGGUAUCUAUGAAUAUUGAUGAAAAUAAGGAACAAAAUAAAAUUGAUGAAAAAACUUUUUGUAUUGAAGGAUUUAAAAACCAUGUAGUAUUUGCAGGUACCAAUAUAAUUCUUACAAGAUCUUCAGUAGUAACUGAAAAUAAAGAGUUUAAAUCCAUUAUUAAAAAGAUUUCAAGUGAAUAUCAUAGUUAUUCUGCUGAUCAUUUAAAUUCUUAUCAUAAUCAUCAUCAACAAAUUAAUUAUUCAUAUGAAAGUAAUAAUAAGAAUUCUAUAUCUUAUAUUAAAUAUGAUAAUGACAAUAUGAUAUGUAUUGGAUAUGUUCUUCGAACUGGUUUUAAUACUUAUCAGGGAAAACUUAUUAGAACAAUCUCAUCAUCAGCUGAAAAAAUUUCAUCCAACAGCUUUGAAUCACUUAUUUUUUUACUAAUAUUAAUUUUCUGUUCAUUAAUGGCAUCCUCUUAUAUUCUUUAUAAUGGGAUUAAUGAUCCUUCAAGAAAUAAGUUUAAAUUAAUUAUCUCGUGUAUUCAUAUUAUCACCUCAGUAAUUCCACCAGAAUUUCCUAUCACACUUUCAGUAGCUGUUACUAUGGCAGUAGUUCAACUAACUAAAAAAAAGAUUUACUGUACUGAACCAUUUAGAAUUCCAUUUGCUGGGAAGCUUAGAAUCUGUGCUUUUGAUAAAACUGGUACUUUAACUAGUGAUAAAAUGAUUCCACAUGGAUUAUUUGGAAUUAAUUUAUAUAAUAAUGAUGAGGCAUCUUAUAUUACUUUUCAGAAUAAUAGUAGCAAUGAUAAUGAAAAAUUAUCCUCUACUUCUUCUUCUCUUUCACCAGAAUUACCAUAUUUAUCUGAUCUUAUUAUGGGAUGCUGUAAUGGACUUUCUCUAAAUGGUAAAACUCUUGUUGGAGAUCCUAUGGAAAAAUCUAUUAAAAAGAAAUCUUCUUGGAGAAUUCAUCAUUCAUCUGAAAAUAAUUACCAAUGCUUGAAAGACAAUUCAACAUUUUCUAUAAUUAGAAGAUAUCCAUUUUCACCAGAAGAGCAAAGAAUGACUAAUAUUGGAAUUUUACAGGUUUCUUCAGGAAGCCAAGCUUCACCUAUAUCUCGUGCUUUUUCUUCUUCUUCUUCUUCUUCUUCUCAAACAUUCCACUCAAAUCUUUCAAAACCAAAUAAAAAUACUUAUGGAGUAGUAAUAUCCAAAGGUAGUCCAGAAAUGAUGCUUCAAUUCUAUAAAAAAGAUGGAUUCAACCAAAACCUUUAUAAGAAUGUAGUUCAUGAAUGUACUAAAAAAGGUUAUCGUAUAUUAGCACUUGGUUCAAAAUACUGUUCUAUUAAUGAUGUUAAUAAUCAUCAUUUAAAAAGAGAAUUCUUUGAAAGUGAGUUAACAUUUUGUGGUUUUCUUGCAUUAUAUUGUCCAAUCAAGAAACAUUCCAAAUCUGUUAUUGAAGAACUUAACCAAAGUAAACAUCAGUGUAUUAUGAUUACUGGAGAUAAUAUCUUAACAGCUUUCCAUGUUGCAAAAAAUGUAUCCAUAACUAACAAUAAUAAGGAUAUUCUUAUAUUAUCAAAAUCUGAUGAUGAAAUAUCUAAUAAUAUUAAUGAUAAUUAUUUAUGGAAAUAUUCAAAUGGUACUGUAUUUAAAAAAUUUGAUAACAACUUAAAUCAUCUUAUUCAUAUUAAUGAUGAAUUUAAUAUAGGUAUAACUGGUAUAGUUUUUCAAUCUUUUAUUGAAGAUUUUAAAAAAACCAAAAUACUUGAAAAAUUUCUCUUAUUUACAAGAAUAUAUGCAAGAAUGUCUCCAAAAAAUAAGCAAUCUCUUAUUAAUCUUUAUAAUAAUAUGGGUAAAAUGACUUUAAUGUGUGGAGAUGGUACAAAUGAUGUUGGUGCUUUAAAACAUUCUCAUGUUGGUAUUUCUCUUCUUUCAAAUGAAUCAUCUGAUUCUAUUAAAGAUAAUAAUUGCCAAACAAAUAAUAAGAAGAAAAAAUCCAACUUUUUUGAAAUUAAAAAAGAUAUUGAAACCAGAAUUAAACGUGGAGAAAAACUUACCAAAGCUCAAAUCCAACAAGAAAUUAUGAAAGAGUUACAAGGAAUGGAUGAAAUGCCAAAAGUAAAACUUGGAGAUGCUUCUAUUGCUUCACCAUUUACUUAUAAAGGAGAAUCUCCCAAUUGUAUUAUUAAGCUUGUUAGAUAUGGAAGAUCAACUUUAAUUACUGUAUUAUUAAUGUAUAAAUUAAUGGGAUUAAAUAGUAUAGUAUCUGCUUUUGCAAUGAGUGUAUUAGCUUAUGAUGGUGUAAAAUUUGGGGAUUUUCAAACUACUGUAGAAUCCAUAUUUAUGAGUGGUUUAUUCUUUUUAGUAUUAAAAAAUAAACCAGCUAAACAACUUGUUCCACAAAAACCACCAAAUAGCAUAUUCAGUCCUAUGGUAUUCCUUUCAUUUAUAUUUCAAGCUCUAAUUCACUUAUUUGUAAUUUAUUUUGGAUGGAAGAUUUCACAUUCAUUUAUGCCAUUAGAUUAUUCUAAAAAUAUGGAUGGACCUUUUGAACCAAAUAUUAUCAAUACAACAAUGUAUUAUUUAUAUACAGCUUGUCAUUUAGCUUGUUUUCUUUCAAAUGCUCAAGGUUACCCAUUUACUACUCCAUUAUCGAAAAAUAAAUACCUUAUUUAUAUUUCAGCAUUAAUUAUUUCUUUCUUAAUUACUUCAAUAAUGGGAAUAUUUCCACAUUUAAAUAUUUUAUUUUCAUUAGUAACUUUACAAAACAAAUACCAUCAAUUAACUAUAAUAUUCCUUGUAUUAUUUGACAUCUUUGGUACCUUUUUUAUAAAUCAUAUUUUUAAUCAACUCCAUAUUUAUUUUGAUAAAGGUAUAUAA